AUGGAAGAACUACAGGAAGAUGCAGGACCGCAAAGAACGCAAGUAGAACAAUUACCAUCAAAUGUACGAUACUACGGUAGAUUCAAAGGUAACAGGGGCACUUGUGAAUCUGACGGAUGGCCACAACAAAUGAAGCAGAAAUGGGGGUCAGAGCCGAGUAUUAAGGAACAUGAGGACAAAAUUAUAAAGGGGUUAUGUUAUGUUCAAAGUAUGAAGAGCAGUAAGGACGCUAGCAAAUUCUGCGAUUUCUUCUAUUUCUGGUUGGGCGAGAUGUUCUGGAAUAGCUCAAAUAAAGCAUCAUUCGAAAGAAUUAUGCAAAAAAUUAAAGAAGCCGUGAAGGUUAGUCAAAGUUAUCAUGGGUGCAAUUUUGAGCCUCCUGUUAAUCAUGGACAAUAUUUCACAGAAUGGAAAAGAGUGUAUGAUCUUUCCGUAGACUGCAGCCGUAUGCAGGGUGGGUUGUAUGAAUCUACGGCCCUUUUUACUGAGGUCUACUACAACCAUCUGGAGGAAGCUGUUAAAGCAUAUAAUACAGUCUGCACAAAUGAUACAAGGGAGGAUGAGGCACCCUGUAAAAGAAUUGAAGCUGCACUUGGAAAAAAUGAACACGGGAAAGUGCUGCAAUUAGAGUCUGAAACGGAAACAGUUUCAAAGGAAUUGGCACAGUCCUUACAUAGGAGGCAAUAUCAAGGCGAAAAACUUUCGGUUGGUACUACAAUAUACAAGAAUGUAUGCUUCGGAUUUAGUACUACUUCUACAGGGGAUUUAACAUGUUCCACCACGGAGGAGCAGCGUAGAGGUGAAGCACAAGGACGAGACAGUGGAGAACGUCACCACGAACGGAGUCAUAGGGAUCCUGUUCCUGCCAUUACCCAGGUCAGUACAAUAACAACAACAGAAAUAAUAGAUGUUUAA